CUGAAGACGAGUCUGACUGCCACAACACUCUAGGAGGCCUCCAAACCUCCCUCUUCCCUGGCCCACCUCCCUGUCCCUCUAUCUUCCUAACCACUCUCCCAGCAUGGAUCUGAAGGACCGUCGGGGGCAGCAGAACCAGCAGCGCUCCCUGACCAGGGCUCGGUGUGGUAAAGACCCCCAGAACACCGCAUCUUCCCUGGACACAGAGGAGUGCCGCGUAACUACCCAGAAGUCCUACAGCUCCAGUGAGACACUCAAGGCCUUCGACCACCACGACCAGAGGCUGGUCUACGGAGGCUGCACUGUGGCUGAUCUGGUGCACCACAAGGUGGAUGAGUACAACAGGCAAGGCGGUAACUUCCACACCCUGGCUGAACUCGGAGUUUGCGACCCAGCUUCCGUUCACCCUGCAGUCCCUACCUACUGUCCUGACCUGGGCCUGCUCCAGAGAGGCUACUCCCUCAGCGCAGGGUCAGACCCCAAUGCAGAUUCUGACCCAGAGGGGCCCCUGUCCCCAGAGAGAGCCAUCCAGCUGUGGGGAGGAGGAACUGGAGGAGGAACAGGAGGAGGACAAGGAGGAGGGGUGAAGAGCACACACAGCUCUGGACUGUCCAGCAGAGAAAACUCAGUGCUCACACUCACUGACUCAGACAACGACUACAAGUCUGACCACGAAUCAGGUAGGAGAGAUACAGAUUGAUUUGAUUUGUUGGUAGGUUGACCAGGAGAGGUCAGGAUAGGGUGAGGUCGGGAAUGGAACGAGUGGAAGCGUGAGAACGAGUGAAGGACCUUGUGAUUGGGAGGAGGAAGUUUAGGCACACAACUCCUGUGGAAUUGCUGGCAAUCUGGUGUGAUUCAUGAUUGAUUGAUUGAUUAAUUGACAUAGAAGGACUGAUGGAUAUUGUCAAAUCUUCAUAAAUAAUGUCUCAUCUUCAUCAUAGAGAGAUCUCACUUGUUUAUCAGAUUGUUCAUUUCAUGUUUUCAAGCGAAAAAAAGUAUUGUCCAUAUGUCUAUUCCUGUGAACAUUAAUCUGUGUCGGUCAGCUAAUACGUCCCAGUGGGUGUUUCCACCUCGCUGUGUGUGUGUGUGUGUGUGUGUGUGUGUGUGUGUGUGUGUGUGUGUGUGUGUGUGUGUGUGUGUGUGUGUGUGUGUGUGUGUGUGUGCGUGCGUGCGUGCGUGCGUGCGUGCGUGCGUGCGUGCGUGUUUGUCGUCGUAAACCUUUCCACGGCUGAGUCUGACAUGCCGAUAGAGGUUAAUGAGUGGAUGUAAUAAACACAAUCUAAUUAGUUGGAGUCUCACAACAGAGUCUUGGAGAAUACUGUAGUCAGACACAGCUUCUGUUCUGACAGCAGCCAUCAAACUACUGAGCAACACCUAUCGCACAUACACAUGCACACACACUCACUCAGGUUUUCAUCUUUUAAACACAUAGAGAAACACUUUUCUAAGAGGUGAUGGUUUCAUCUCGCUGGUUGAUAAUUGCUUUGUGGCUGAUUGCCAGACUAAUCUCUGAGCUGUACAUAUCAACUGUAGACAGUCUGUCUGCAGACUAAAUCUCUCUCUCGCUCUCUCUCUUUCACACA